UAUUGGACAGACAUUUACCUUGCAUGGAACCCGGACAACUACCCUGGGGUUCAGAACCUGCGCUUCCCUUCCAAUCAGGUCUGGGUCCCAGACAUCCUCCUCUACAACAGUGCUGAUGAGAGGUUUGAUGCUACCUUCCAUACAAAUGUGUUGGUGAAUUAUUCAGGAUCCUGCCAGUACAUCCCACCAGGCAUCCUGAAGAGUACAUGCUACAUCGAUGUGCGGUGGUUCCCCUUCGAUGUGCAGAAGUGUGACCUCAAGUUUGGCUCCUGGACCCACAACGGCUGGCUGCUGGACCUCCAGAUGAUAGAAGCGGACAUCUCCAGCUACAUACCCAACGGGGAAUGGGAUCUAGUGGGUAUGAAGAAAAACAGACAUUAA